AUGCAUCGCUCUGCCUCUGGAUCUACACAUUACAAACGUAAACGAUUGCGCUCACGUUCUCGUGACAGGGAUAGGCACAAAGUAAUAAGGACGAGUCCCCCUCCAGCAAUAAGUUCAAAACACGAAGAUUUUUCUUUUACGAACUACAAACGAGAACUGAAUAAAAUAAUACUUUAUAGCAGUGAUACUAACACUGUUGUUAACAGUCUAGAAGAUUUUUGGGUGUUUUUAAAAAAGUAUGAAGCCACAUUAGUAAAAGCUGGCAAACCGAUAGUUGAAUUCGAUUCUCAAGAUAAUGAUGAAAAUGUUCAGAGAUUCUCUAAAUUCGAUUGUGUCAACUUCACGACUGUUUUUAAAUAUGUUGAUGUAGUAUCUGAUAGUAGAGACCGAAGAAAGUUGGAUAAGAGAUUAUUUGAAACUUUCCUGAAUAUUGUCUCAAUUUAUAUUGAUUUUAAAAAUAAAGAGAAGUUUGAAAGACUUAAAAAAUUGAGACAAGCUCAGAAAGACUUACCUGUUGCUAAGUAUAGGAAUGAAAUUGUAUCUGCUGUUCAAAAUGAAAGAGUAGUAAUUGUAGCUGGCGAUACCGGAUGUGGAAAAUCUACACAAGUUCCACAGUAUUUACAUGAAGCAGGAUUUCAAAACAUAGCAUGUACACAACCCAGAAGAAUAGCCUGUGUCUCCCUGUCUAAAAGAGUAGCAUAUGAGAUGCUGACACAAUUCGAAAGCAAAGUGGGCUAUCAGAUUAGAUUUGAGAAGAGCAAGACUGCUGAUACUAAGAUAUGCUUCAUUACUGAAGGAUUGCUGCUAAGACAGAUGUCAUCUGAAAAUUUACCAAAUUAUGAUGUGAUAAUUUUGGAUGAGAUUCAUGAGAGGCACCUGAUGGGUGACUUUUUAUUAGGCGUGUUGAAAUGCCUGAUACACAGUCGUAGUGAUAUUAAACUAGUGCUCAUGUCUGCUACUAUUAACAUUAAAUUGUUUGAGGAUUAUUUCUCAGCUGAAUCGGCAGCUGUCAUACAGGUACCAGGCCGUUUGUUCCCCAUUGAACUAAUUUACAAACCUAUAUACAUAGAGGACAAACCUACAAGAGACGACAGACUGGAUCCACAGCCUUACAUUCAGAUAAUGCAGUUGAUAGAUAAUAAAUAUCCAAGUGAAGAAAGAGGCGAUCUUUUAAUAUUUUUGUCUGGAGUUCAAGAAAUUACCGCAAUAUGUGAUGCUGCACAACAGUAUGCAGAGAAAUCAAAGAAUUGGAUAGCGUUACCACUUCACAGUGGAUUGUCUCUCGCUGAUCAAGACAGGGUAUUUGAUUAUCCACCAGAAGGUGUUAGAAAGUGUAUUGUGUCUACAAACAUAGCUGAGACUUCUGUGACUAUAGAUGGCAUUCGUUUCGUUGUUGAUUCAGGAAAGGUCAAAGAAAUGAGUUAUGAUUCCACAACCAAAAUGCAGAGGUUAAAAGAGUUCUGGGUGUCCAAAGCUAGCGCUGAUCAAAGGAAGGGUCGAGCUGGUCGUACAGGGCCUGGUGUAUGUUAUCGUAUUUAUUCUGAACAACAAUACAAUGACUUGGAACCAUUCAGCACUCCUGAAGUAUCGAGAGUGCCUCUCGCGUCGCUACUGCUGUUGAUGGUCUCGCUUGGAGUCACGGACGUGAGAAGAUUCCCGUUUUUGGAUGCACCUCCCGAAGAAGCAAUAGAAAAUGCUAUUCUAGAACUCAAACAGCAUGGAGCGCUUACAUCCAAUGAGAAGCUGACCUCACUCGGGAGGUCCUUAGCCAGCUUACCCUUGGAAGUGUGUUUAGCGAAAGCCCUGGUCAUAGGCGCAGCCACGCUCUCCGCGCACAAGCGACACUCGGCGCUGGCGCUGGCCGCCGCACUGGGCAUUCGCUCCAUAUACACCACCAGAGCUUUUAGAGACUUCGACUGUGAGAAUGCCCGAAAACCAGAUGAAUCUGACCACGGUGACCCUUUAACGUUGCUAUCCUUGUACUGCGCGUGGCUUAAAGAAAAGAAAGAUGGCCGAGGCGGUAAAGUGUGGUGCAGACGAAGAGGCAUCGAGGAACAACGACUGUAUGAACUCACCAAACUUGCCGCACAACUCAGUAGCUUGCUCCAGGACAAUAAUUUGGCGGAAACCCCAGAGCCAGUAGCGAUGUCUUCAUCUGAAAGAGCCCUUCGGCACGGUCAAAUGAAACAGUUGAAGACUAUGAGAAGACAAUAUAAACAAAAAGCAGCUGAGGAGUCGAAACGCAAGAAGCGCCUCAAAGUUGAUUCUUGGGAGAUAGUGAACGAGUCGGCGAAUGAGGAUGAUGAUAUACCAGAUUUGCGAGAUAUUGAGUUUCGACUGAGUAACGACUCUUCACGAAUACAUUCGCUCAUCACUGGUUCCAGUACUAGUAGUGGACGGGAUCUUGUUAUGCUCAAGGUGGUUCUGUGCAGAGCUCUAUACCCACAAGUAGCCGUUGCUGAUGAGUUCAACCAUUGUAAGUCCGUAUCAGAUCAACUGUACCACACGUGGAGUAAGCCUUUCGUGUUCCUCCACCCGACCUCGUACUUCGGCAAGAACGGCCGCUGUCUGCUGCUAACUGAAGCGGACAUUCAGACAGAAAUGCCACAAGGUUACAAGAGUAAACUGCCCCUGUCUGAUAAACAUCAAUUAUUGUGUUAUUUGUCACUCCUGGAGACGACAAAGCCGUACAUAGUGAACUCAAUGCGGAUGCCCGCCGCACAGACUUUGUUACUGUUAGCGCACACCAUCGACACCAACAUCGGAUUUACCAGAAUUGUCUGUGACUCAUGGCUGUUGCUGGAGUUCCCGUACCCCGAUACUGGGCUUAAUUUACUACUGAAAGCGACAAAACUGCGACAGAGAUGGGAUGCGCUGAUUAAUAGAAGACUUUUAGAUGCGAACCCAACAAAAUCAGUAGAAACCGAACUCCAAAAGCAGAAUGAGCCCAAAUACUGCUACGAAGAACUCCAACACUCAUUAUCUUGCGACAUCAGUUCAUACAUGACUUCUGAAGUGUACUACACUAUCAAACGUCUGCUCCCCAGUGACCUUAAGGUCAUGUACCAAGGGGCUGAUGAAGUCCACCCUUCUGUUGACCCUAAUCCUUUUGAUGCCUUCUUCGAAUGCCGUCCCAAUGAGAAGAAAGGAGGUGUUUAUGUUACAGAUAAUGUGGUUUACAAUUGCGUUGUUGAUACCGAUUGGAGCUAUAACAGUUAUCAAGAAACAUAUAACGUACCAUGGACAUGCCCACACUGCGACAUAUCAGUCUGCCUUUCCCCUUUAGAGAGACUGCAACAUGAACAAUUUACGUGCUCAGCAAGAGAAGUGAAGAAAGAAGUAGAAACUCCUAAAACUUCAAAAGUAAACAAACCAAAUGCUGUUAAUCAUAAGUGUGAUAAAUGUAAUAAAACUUUAUUUCUGACUCCUGUGGAAAUAUUAAGACAUAAGAAAAGUUGUAAGAGCGAAUAA